AUGACAAUCCUCUAAAAAGGUGGCAAAAAAGAAGAAGCUCGGGAAGCUGGGACCUGUCAUGGAGAAAAAGGUGAUACCAGUGGAGACAGAUGCCCAAAAGCUGGUGAGCUACGUGUGCGGCAGCAACUACAUGAAAACCGGCGAGGAUGUGAAGAUCAAACCAGAUGCUGAGUACCCUGACUGGCUUUGGACGCUAAACACAGAACGCAUUGUACCGCUGGACGAAUUGGAUCCCAACACCAAGCAGUAUUGGCGGCGAUUGCGAAAAAUGGCAUUGCGACGCAACAAUCAGUUGUCCAUGCUGAAAAAGUUUUAGGUAAUGCAUUUUGUGCGGAAGCUGGUACUGGUCACACUGCAAUUUGCCUUUGCCCUUCAACCGCUUGUUUGAAUAUGAAUCAUGUAUUGGUAUUUUAUGUAAGUCUUACAUGAAAUUGUUUUAUUUGCCUUGCUGUUGUUCGAUGCAAAGAAUAAACACAUUGAUAAUUUUAUUGCUACGUUGUUUGUAGCAUAUGUACAUACAA